AUGAAAAUUAUUUACUCCUCUCUUGUUUUGAUGCUCGUGCUUCAUGAGUCUCAUGAGGUCCUGCACACGCGUGAGAUCUCCUUCGUCAGAGCUUACAGCUACAUUGUGGUGAACAAUCAAAAAACUGAUGUUUGUUUUGAUACAGCUAUGAGCAUUUUGAAGAAACUGAAGGCUGUCUCCGUUGGUGAUUGCAUCUACAAAUGUCUGAAGGCAACGAACAUGAAUUUGAAAGGAAUUAAUUUUGUGAGGUCUGGUGAAUCUUGUUCAUGUGUGCCCAAAAUGAACGUUUUAUACAACGUAACCAAUUUAAAAAAGGAUUGUCUGGCUUUUAUGGCUUGUAGUAUCGAUUGCCCGCCUGAAUUUGAAUACGUUGUAGAAAGCCACAAAUGUUACAACUUUCAAAGUGCAAAAAACACAUGGAAUAACUCCAGGAAGUUGUGCAACAAUCUGCUCAACUCCCAUCCAGUUGUGUUUGAUGACUCCGUGGAGAACUACAUCAUCGGAUUCUACAUUGGAUCAAAAUGUUAA